AUGUCUCGUCGGAAUCCUUCUUACGACAUCCUCAUAGUCGGCGCGGGGUUCUCGGGGAUAACCCUCCUGCACACCCUCCGCCAACACGGCUACGCCUCCUGCCGAAUCUACGAAUCCGGCAGCGACCUCGGUGGUGUCUGGCACUCGAAUACAUACCCGGGCUGCCGGGUUGAUACAGAGGGGUCGAUCUACCAACUCUCCAUCCCGGAGGUAUACUCGACGUUCUCGUUUAGAGAGAAGUAUCCGUCGGCCGACGAGAUGCGGCGGUAUUUCGCGCACGUGGAGCGCGUGUUGGAUGUGAAGAAGGAUGUCGAGUUUGGGGUCACGGUUGCGGGGGCGUGGUUUGAUGCACACGCCGAGGGGGAACGGAAGUGGAGGGUUGAGACGGGGGAUGGGCGCGUGACGCAUUGUCGGUUCCUCAUUUUAUGUGUCGGGUCGAGUUCCGAGAGGUAUGUUCCUGAUAUCCCGGGUCUGGAGACCUUCAAGGGGCAGGUGUGUCAUUCGGCAGAGUGGCCGAGGGGCCGGGUUGAUGUUGCUGGGAAGAAGGUUGCCAUUAUUGGGACUGGUGCGUCAGGUGUGCAGAUUAUCCAGUCCUGGGCGAAGGAGGCGGGGAACCUCGUUGUCUUCCAGCGGACACCGAAUCUCGCGCUCCCGAUGCAGCAGGAGGCUCUUUCGCCUGAGGCUCAGAGGAACAUCAUAGAGGAACUCCCACGGAUUUUCGCGGACCGCCAAAAGACAUGGAGCGGGUACCUCGACGAGUCAACCCCAGAGAAGACAUUCGAUGCUAGUCCCGAAUCCCGCGAAGCCCACUUCGAGGCCCUGUAUAAGCGCGGCGGCUUCGCGUUCUACCUCGCCGGGUAUAGCGACCUGCUCACGGACGAAGCCGCGAACCGCGAGGCAUACAAUUUCUGGCUGAAGAAGACGCGCGCGAGAAUCAUUGAUCCCCGGAAGAGAGACAUCCUUGCGCCGCUGGAGCCGCCGCAUCCAGCGGGCGCGAAGCGGUCGUCAUUUGAACAGGAUUAUUUCGAGCAGUUCAACAGGCCGAAUGUGCAACUUGUCAAUCUCCGCGAGCCGGGGCAGGCGAUCAGGGCUGUGAGGUCUGACGAGAUUGAGGUGGAGGAUGGGACGGUCUACCCUGUUGAUGUGAUUGCGCUUGCGACGGGGUUCAAUAGUCUUACGGGGAGUUUGACGUGUAUACCCGGACUGCGGAAUACGUCUGGUGUCACACUGGCCGAGGAAUGGUCUAAAGAUGGCGCGAGCACGUAUCUCGGCUUGACGCGCAGAGGGUAUCCGAAUAUGUUCCUCUGCUACUCCGUGCACGGACCGGCCGCACUGAGCAACGGCCCAGCAUCAAUUGAGAUCCAGGCGAAAUGGAUCGUGGAUGCGAUUCGUAAGAUUGACGAGUCGGGUCUGAGCUACAUUGAACCUACAGAAGAGGCGGAGAAGACGUGGAAGGCCACGGUUAACAUGAUCACCAGUAUAACGCUGUUUCCCAAGGCGGACUCGUGGUAUAUGGGGGCGAAUAUUCCGGGCAAGAAGAGGGAGAUGCUGAAUUUUCCCGGAGGGUUGCCGCUGUAUGAGCAGAUGUGCCGCAAGGCGUUGGAGAACUGGGAGGGGUUUGUUACUGUAUAG